AUGGCCUCUGUUUCGAACGCAUCGGGAUUGCGUCAGCGCGGAGGUUCGGAACGCAAAGAGUCGCGUUGCGACUUGCGUGAGGAUGCGGAGCAGCAAUUGAAGCGUUUCAUUGAGACGAAUGGCCACUUUAGCUUGGUUCGGUACGUGGCGGGUCCUGACCACAGCAACUUUCAUCUGGCUGAUGCAUUUACGCUCAUGAAUGGAUUUUGCGGUGCACAGUCGCUCUACAUGUCGGCGCGCUUCCUUGUAACGGGAAACCCACUUCAUAUGUGGUGGGCGCUGUGGCUCCCUUUGUUUGGGUGCCUGUUUGACUUUUUGGACGGCAAGAUUGCGCGGUGGCGCCGAUCGAGCAGCAUGCUAGGGCAGGAGCUGGACUCGCUUGCCGACCUGGUAUCCUUUGGUGUGGCUCCGACGGUCGCCGCCUUUGCUAUGGGACUGCGCUGCCCACUCGAUACUCUGUGCUUGACCAUGUUUGUGUGCGCAGGCAUCGCGCGGCUCGCCCGCUUCAACAUCACCGCGGCCAACAUUCCCCACGACUCCCAGGGAAAGGCGCGCUACUUCGAAGGCUUGCCCAUCCCCUCGAGCCUCGCGCUCGUGGGCGUUCUGGCCCUCUCACUCCUCCUGGGCCGUUUCGAGACGGCCACAGGCCCCUGGGUGCCAGGAACGAGCCUACCCUACACGGGCAUCUGGCACUCGUAUAUGCCCGGCACGGGCAUGCUGUUUGGCACGCUCCGUGUGGACGUCUCGGACGCGCUCUACCGCGCUCUCCAAGUCGGCGGCAUUCUGCCUCGCUUCUUGCGCCCGCCGACACUUGCCGCACUCGCCGAGCACGGCGGUCGCUUUGCCAUCCACAAGUUUUCUUUGGUGUGGCUCGGUUGGUCCGUGGCAAUGCUCAGUAAGACGCUGCGCAUUCCCAAGCCAUAG